AUGAGUGAUACAACUAUAAUAGCAAGUGACUCAUUGGGAUAUGAUGACAUUUAUGAAAUGGAAAGCUAUGGUGAUGAUAGCAGAAACAGCUGUUGUGAUCGUGAUGGAGCUAAGAUUUGUGUUUGUAUCUUAGUUUUCUCUGUGAUACUUAUAGUGAUUGCCCUGGUGUUUUUCAUAUUUGGACCAUACAACGUGUCAAUAUUUCGAAAAUUAAAAGGACAAAAAAAUGGAAAAUAUCCUGGUACAGCAAAUGCUGGUUCGACAAAUUCUCGACAAGGAUUUAUUAAUACAUUUACGAAUUUCUGGGAUAGUUCAUCAGACACUGCGGACACAUCCUAUAAUGAUCAAACAUAUGAUGAUGAAGAAACAGAUGUUAACAAUUACGAAAAUAUCGGCGAUUACUAA